CGGUCGGUGAUCUAGUAACCGCCGACGAGGUGUUAAAAACAAAACCGGAACUUGUUGAGUUAUACGAGAAGCUUAAUGUUUCCAUAGACAACGUGCCUGGUGAAUUUCAAUCUAUAAAGAUGCCCAAUGCUUACCGGUCAAUGAUCGAAGAUUGUCUCGAGGAAAACCAUUAUAAUGCCGUAUUUGAUCUCAUAGAAUCAUUUCAAAAUAGCACUUAUCAUCCUUCAGAAGAACAGAUACGAAGAUUAAUGGAUAUGAUUGUGAACGAUGAAGUUGAAAACCUUGAUACUGCCACCAGGGCUUACAGAGUAUUGCAGCAUGUGUUACAAACCAGUGGAACUGAAGCAUUCCAAAAUGUUUGGAAACUCGACGAAAAAGAAGAAUAUAACAAAGGUUCAUUUUGGAGCCAAUACACAGAUUUUUGGAGAUUCAUUGAAAUCCAAUUUAAGCCUCAUCAGGAUAAUGAUAAAGAAGAUAGGACGAUCAUGCUUCUCGAUCAUAUCGUAAACGUGUUUGAAACUGAUAUCAGAUUAAAAAAAGGAAACCUGGGAAGCACCAUGCUAUUGCAUCUUAUUCCAAAAAGCACUGGAAAAUUACGUCAUCCUAUUCAAACUUUGAUGUCACCAUUUAAUGAAGAAGAGAUUUAUACAGAGAUUGCGCGAAUUUCUCAACGAUUGUUAGAACAGAUUGUUCUUCUUUCUUUUUCGGGCUAUAUUUGUUUAGAUGUUUUAUUGACCGAGGUUUAUUUGCAAAUUAACAAGCAUAAUCCAGGUCAAUUUCAACUAUUUCUUCAGACCAUAAUUUCAAAUGUAUUUAGGUUUAAAAUCCUUGAUCGGGCCUUUCAGGACACGAGUUUAAUACGAAUUUCACAUCAAGAUAGGAAUUAUAUACUCACCCCUAUUAAUAUGACAAAGAUUAUAACUAUUUACUUUUAUUCUACACCAUAUUAUAAGAAUACCACUCGUUCUAUUGCAACUUGGCGUCAUAUUUUCAUGUUAUAUACCUUAUUUCAGAGUUACAUGAAUUCUAAAGUACUUCGAAUUGGUGACAAGGUUCAUUGCGGAUUGGACGAAGAAGAAGUCAAUUUGAUUAUUAAUGGGUUAGUGGAUGAAAGAGUAGAAGAAAUAGAGAAUUCUCUUGAAGAAGAAAAUAUUGAUUCUGAUAUAAAAAACCGUGCAGAGUUUUUUUUAAAAAUGCUGAAGAUUGACAUAAAAAGAAUUAAAAAAUUGAUUAAUUAA